AUGACGUCAGUCAUCACUUCCAUCAAAGAUCUGAUCGCCUCGAUCUUCGAGGUCAUAUUCUCUACCAUCAAGGCCGCAUUCGAUGCGGUAUUCUCCAUUUUCCAUGCCCUCUUCGCGACUGUCGCCUCUGUUUUUGUCACACUCCUGAACACCGCCAAGGAUGCCGUGGGAGCUGUGGGUGGAGUUGGCAAGUUCGUUGCUAGCAACAUAUUCGUUCUUGCCUUUAUUGGUAUCGGGGUUUAUGGUUAUCUGAAUUACAGAUCGCGCCAGGGUCGGCCAGUCGUGGUUGGAAACAAGAAGUUGAACUAG